AUGAAGAACGUUUUUAUUAUAUUUUUCGCGGCGUUUUCAGUUUGUUCCGCCAAUCCUGACGCGAAGAGACUGUAUGAUGAUUUGCUGAGCAAUUACAACAGGCUUAUCAGGCCCGUGGACAAGAAUAACAAUACCGUUCUUGUAAAGCUAGGCUUGAGAUUGUCACAGCUGAUAGAUUUGAAUCUUAAGGACCAAAUAUUGACAACAAACGUAUGGCUGGAACAUGAAUGGGAAGAUCACAAAUUCAAAUGGGACCCGUCGGAGUACGGCGGUGUGAAGGAGCUUUAUGUGCCGUCCGAGCACAUUUGGCUGCCGGAUAUCGUGUUGUAUAAUAAUGCUGACGGUGAAUACGUCGUGACAACAAUGACAAAAGCAGUGCUCCAUCACACGGGCAAAGUAUUAUGGACUCCACCUGCUAUCUUCAAGUCUUCGUGUGAAAUUGACGUGCGAUAUUUUCCCUUCGAUCAACAGACUUGCUUCCUCAAAUUCGGGUCUUGGAGUUACGACGGUGAUCAGAUCGACUUAAAACACAUAAACCAAAAGAAAGGUGACAUGGUAGAGGUGGGUAUUGAUUUACGCGAGUACUAUCCCUCUGUGGAAUGGGAUAUUCUUGGAGUGCCAGCUGAGAGGCACGAGCGAUAUUACCCUUGCUGCCAAGAACCCUACCCAGAUAUUUUCUUCAAUAUAACACUUCGAAGGAAAACCUUAUUCUACACUGUCAAUCUCAUAGUACCGUGUGUUGGCAUCUCAUAUCUAUCGGUCCUUGUUUUUUACCUUCCGGCUGACUCUGGUGAAAAGAUCGCAUUGAGUAUAUCCAUCCUCCUUUCGCAGACUAUGUUCUUUCUUCUGAUAUCAGAAAUUAUACCGUCGACUUCACUGGCUUUGCCCUUAUUGGGAAAGUAUUUGUUAUUCACCAUGUUGCUAGUAGGACUAUCAGUGGUCAUUACUAUAGUAAUACUAAAUGUUCACUACCGAAAACCGAGUACACAUGAAAUGGCACCCUGGGUGCGGACUUUUUUCAUAACUAUGUUGCCAAAGUUGCUACUGAUGCGUGUACCGAAGGAUUUACUAAGAGAUUUGGCAGCUCAGAAGAUCAUAGGUCGGGGGAAGAAGAAGAACAAGUUCAAGGAUGCUUUGGCAGCGGCUGAGAGGACCCACUCAAAUGCUUCCAGUCCUGAUUCUCUUAGACAUCAUUUACCUGGAGGGUGUAAUGGUCUACAUUCUACUACUGCGACUAAUAGAUUCAGCGGACUCGUUGGCGCCUUAGGCAGUCUCGGAGCUGGUUAUAACGGUCUCCCAUCUGUUAUGUCUGGUCUAGACGACUCUCUGAGUGAUAUCACUCCCCGAAAAAAGUAUCCCUUUGAACUGGAAAAGGCAAUUCACAACGUCAUGUUUAUUCAGCAUCACAUGCAGCGGCAAGAUGAGUUUAAUGCGGAAGAUCAAGAUUGGGGCUUCGUCGCAAUGGUCCUAGAUAGACUUUUCUUAUGGAUUUUCACGAUCGCGUCUAUCGUUGGCACAUUUGCCAUCCUCUGCGAGGCUCCAUCAUUGUACGACGAUACUAAACCGAUUGAUAUGGUAUUGUCAUCUGUAGCCCAGCAACAAUUUUUACCAGUUGAGAGUGGUGAUUCGUAA